CGGCCAGCCUGGGCUGUCCGAGCUCCGCCAAGGAGGACUGGAACUUUUUAUUUUCAGCUCUCUGCCUGGGGCGAAUGGUGGGAGUCUCCGGUCCUUUGCAAUAUGAUCCUUGCUCGAUAUGAGCUCAUGUGAUCAAGAGCGCUUGAAAUGUAAUGUUUUCAACCUAGACAGUAUGGAUCGAAACUGUAAAUCACGGAAAGCGCUGUAGACAUAUUUUUCUCGCAGAUAUAUUUCAGAAAAGAUUGAUCUCUGGGCUGGUGAACGUAAUAUCUGUCCCAGUCAGAAAAGGAGAGGAAAUUAGCAGGACGAUUGGUGGAGAAUGAUAUCUGUCAAAAGAAACACUUGGAGAGCACUGAGUUUAGUAAUAGGUGACUGCCGGAAAAAAGGGAACUUUGAAUUUUGCCAAGAUCGCAUUGAGAAGCAUUCCACAAUGCCAGACUCACCUGUGGAUGUGAAGACGCAAUCCAGGCUGACGCCCCCAACAAUGCCACCUCCUCCCACUACCCAAGGAGCCCCAAGAACCAGCUCUUUCACACCCACAACGUUAACCAAUGGCACAAGCCAUUCACCAACAGCACUAAACGGGGCUCCUUCUCCACCUAAUGGCUUUAGUAACGGCCCAUCAUCUUCCUCCUCAUCAUCCUUGGCUAAUCAGCAGUUGCCACCAGCUUGCGGAGCUAGACAGCUUAGCAAACUGAAGAGAUUUCUCACAACCUUACAGCAGUUUGGCAAUGACAUUUCACCAGAGAUUGGGGAGAGAGUGCGUACCCUCGUGCUAGGACUUGUGAAUUCUACUUUGACAAUUGAAGAAUUUCAUUCCAAACUACAAGAAGCUACUAACUUCCCACUGCGACCUUUUGUCAUCCCAUUUUUGAAGGCCAAUCUGCCCCUGCUACAGCGGGAGCUCCUGCACUGUGCAAGGUUGGCCAAGCAGAACCCCGCCCAGUACCUCGCUCAGCAUGAGCAGCUGCUUCUGGAUGCCAGCACCACCUCACCUGUUGACUCCUCAGAGCUGCUUCUCGAUGUGAACGAAAACGGGAAGAGGCGAACUCCAGACAGAACCAAAGAAAAUGGCUUUGACAGAGAGCCUUUGCACUCAGAGCAUCCAAGCAAGCGGCCCUGCACUAUUAGCCCAGGCCAGCGGUACAGUCCAAAUAAUGGUUUGUCUUACCAGCCCAAUGGUCUGCCUCACCCCACUCCGCCUCCACCUCAGCAUUACCGUUUGGAUGAUAUGGCCAUCGCCCACCACUACAGGGACUCAUACAGACACCCCAACCACAGGGACCUCAGGGACAGAAACAGACCUAUGGGGUUGCAUGGCACACGUCAAGAAGAAAUGAUUGAUCAUAGGCUAACAGACAGAGAAUGGGCAGAAGAAUGGAAACACCUCGACCAUCUUUUAAACUGCAUCAUGGACAUGGUGGAAAAAACAAGGCGAUCUCUCACUGUGCUACGGCGAUGUCAAGAAGCUGACCGGGAGGAACUUAAUUACUGGAUACGGCGGUACAGCGAUGCAGAGGAUUUAAAAAAAGGCAGUGGUAGCAAUCACUCCAGGCAGCAGAGUCCAGUGAAUCCAGAUCCCGUCCCUUUAGACUCACAUCGAGAAUUCCUUCACAGGCCUGCUUCUGGAUACGUGCCAGAGGAGAUCUGGAAGAAAGCUGAGGAAGCAGUCAAUGAAGUAAAACGUCAAGCAAUGACCGAGCUGCAGAAGGCAGUGUCGGAGGCAGAACGGAAAGCCCAUGAUAUGAUUACUACGGAGAGAGCUAAGAUGGAACGCACGGUCGCAGAGGCCAAGCGACAGGCCACAGAGGAUGCACUAGCUGUGAUCAAUCAGCAAGAGGAUUCUAGUGAGAGUUGCUGGAACUGUGGCCGUAAAGCUAGUGAAACCUGCAGCGGUUGCAACACGGCGCGAUACUGUGGCUCAUUUUGCCAGCAUAAGGACUGGGAGAAACACCACCACAUCUGUGGACAGACACUUCAAGCCCAGCAGCAAGGAGAGACACCAGCAGUCAGCUCCUCCGCAACGCCCAACAGCGGAGCCGGAAGCCCGAUUGACACGCCACCAGCAGCUACUCCUCGGUCAAACACCCCUGGGACUCCGUCCACCAUAGAAGCGACUCCUCGCUAAGACUGAACCGCAGAACUACUAAAAACAAAAACAAACAAAAACACAAAACAAAAUUCCUCAUCCUCAGAUGCUCAAAGGUUUUUACUGAACUGUCACGUUUCAAUACUGCAAAAGAACUUAAAACUGUAUCUUGAGGUAGAAGUGAAAAGAAAAAAAAAAUACAGAAGGCCAGUAACGGGUCAUAAUGACUUCUUCUGGAAAACAAAGAUACCUUUCCUUUAGGAAACUGAGAAGAGCAGAUAAUUUUAACACAUACAAAAUGAUAGAUUUGACCUCCUCCCUGUUAUUUUCCAGUAGCUGGGAUUUUAAACUAGAUGACCUCAUUAACAGAUGCUUUACCAAACAGCAAACCAAGAGAUUGCUAAUUGCUGUUGAAAGCAAAAAUGCUAAUAAUAUAAAGUCACAAUGUUCUUUAUAACAAUAAUGGGAUUUAAUAAAAAAAAAUGCGAGAGAGAGAGAGAGUUAGAGAGAGAGAGAGAGAGAGAGAGAAAUAAAGAAAGAAAGAGAGAGAGAAAACCCUCAAGGGCAUGAGCAUUGGAUAAAACAGCAGCAGACAUAUUAAGAAGAAGAUGUAUAGUGUCCGUGGGUUACUGACUGAACUCUGAAGGCCCGCAUCAAAAACACGCAGAUGUGCAGCAGAUUGGAAGGAGACACAGAUGUUCAUUUUUUUUCUUGUUUCUGAAUGAAAUAUAAUAAUAUCCAGGUCAACAGAAUGAAAAAUGGAAGAUGACUUGCAGUGGGAUGUAGGACUUAAAAAAACAAAACAGCAGCAAAGGGGAAAAAAUCGCCAUCGUACAAAACGGCUCCUCUUCCUUUCCGUUCUUUGUUUUGUUUUGGGGUUUUUUUUGUUUUUGUUUUUGUUUCUUGUUUUCCUGUUUAGUACAGAAAUAAGGACACAGCCUGCAGUUAAUUAGCAUUUUGGCAGCUACAACAUCAACCAGCUGCCUCUACCCCCACCCCCGCCCCACCCCCAAAAAUAUAAAGCUUAAAAAAAUUCCUUCACUUUUUUACAAGGUUCCACAGAGUAAGACAAUCGGGUCUAUUCAACCUCAUUCAUUUUUUGUAUCAACAACGACGAUGAAAAAAACAGUGACUCCAGCUCCAGAACCCUUCCAAAAUUCUUUCCAUCCCAUCCUGUCUGGGUUUUUAAUAAAGAAAAAAAAAAGAUAUAUUAAAAAUGGGGAAAAAAUCUAGUAGUUCUCUUGGUGUUAUAACACUUCUGUCCUGUGAGGUUUCCCAAUGGUGUUUUUUUCUUGUAAAUGUGUUGGACAAAUGUGAAAAUGCAUUGUAGUUAACCAUGCUCACAUUUAGUCUUCUUUAUUACUAGUAGGUGAGAAACCUGUAACUUUCUAUGCUGCUUUUAUAUCUGUAUGUAGUAGUGAUAUUUCUCUAGUAGUUCAAAAGAGAGAAGAAAUCCCGCCCCCUCUUUUUUUUCGUUUGUCUUAAAGAAAAGAAAAAGAGAAAAAAAGCUAUCUUUCGGAGCUGCUAUUUCACUCUGUUAUAGGGGAAAAAACUUAGCAUGCUUCCCGGAAUGCUAACAUAUUGGUGUUUUUGUAAGAGGGAUGUACAUAAAUGUAUUUUGCACUGUCACAAGGACUCCCUAGGCAUGCUUUUUGGGGGGCUAUCUCUUUUUAAAAAGAUGCUAGAGCCAUUUCACCGAGUUUAUCUGUAGGAUAGAAUAGUGGUGGGUUCUUUUUUAUUUUUCUUUCUCCCCCUUUCCCCCCUCCCCCCCUCUUUUUUCCCAAAAUUCACUAAUAGGGAUGUUUUUUUAUAAAAAAAAUAUAAAAAAUAAAACAGGCUAUCAUACUUUUGAAGAAAAGAAAAGGAAAAAAAAGCAGUGCAUGCAUAUCACUGUAAGGUCGUUAGGUAUUUCUGAUUUUACAAAAGAGAAAUAAUAAUAAUGAUGAUGAUGAUGAUGAGAAGAGCUCCAAAUGCUGAGGUGUAGAUUGACAGCUUUAACACUGCUGAAUGCCAGGUUAUAUUACAGUAUUAUUACAAAAAUACAAAAAUAAAAAAGGGAAGUCAGCCAAAGACUGUUCUGAUGGACCAAAAUCUGAAUUCUGAAAGCACCAUUACUACUUUCCAAAUGAUCAGCAGGUUAAACAUGUCCGACUAAGGCACUCAUUUAACCCUUCAUUGUCCAGGGUCCAGGCCAGAAACGACUUGUCACUUUUAAGCAGCACAAGAGGUGGCUGUGUGCUUUUCCCACCAAGUCAGCGUAACAAGGCGGGUGCAUUUAAAGGCCCCGCAGUGAACUUCGUUUUGCGGCGCAUUUCUAAAUUUUAUUCCUGUUCUCCCUCAUCCGAAGCACUCUCAAAGACAAGGCAGUGUUCUGUGCAACUUGGCUAAAGUUGGCUUGUCUGGCUUCGGCAUGGAGAAAUCCACAAUUGGCUCUCCAACUUGGCAGUGAGGCCCGUUCGGUGGCUGUGGACAAAGCCUCCGUCUUCUAAGUCUAACCUACCUCCCAUGAUGGUUGUAAGGGUUAUAAUUUUCAUACUGCGCCUAGUUACGUUUAGGUGCUUAACCAACCUUAACCAUUUCUGUGACUUGGAUCUUGUUCUGAGAUUCUUGGAGAGGGCAGAAGACAGAUGUUACUCUUAGCCCUGCUUACCCUCUAUAAACGAGAGUUUUCAGACCACUAUGGGCUAAACUGUAAAAUCCAAGGUGGAGCUUUCUGCCACUGCUUUUCACCUCCCCUGCAGGGUGGGAGGCAGUGCACAAUUCAAAGGGCCCUUGGGGGAAUAGCUCUGUUGUCACCCUGCUACGUAGCCUGGCUCUCGCAUAGCAGAAGAUGGAUGCUUGCAAGCUCAGCUCUCCUGCUUUAGGUGGAAAUCAAAAGCACAUAACCAACUUUUCAGACGGGUACUAUUUUACCAUGGUGCUCCCAAACCCAUUCGACCUCACUUUGGUUUCUGUUCUGCUUGUGACACUGGACAGUCCUUUUCUCUAGAGCUAUUGUGUGCUCUAGACUACAAAAGGGUUUAAGAAUCCAAAAAAAAAAAGAGGUAUUAUCUCAUAAUAAUAACCCGUAUGUCUCUAGAAGCUGUGAUGUAUGUGAAACAGCAAUGUUGCUCUUGAACAUUAGUGUGUGAAAGAAGGAUUAGUACAGUAUGUCUCAUUACUUUAUAAUUCAGGGCACCCGGAGUGAAAAAAAAAUACAAAUACAAAAAAAAAGAGAGAGAUAACCCCCCUAACUCUGAGCUCUAUCUCCUCCUCCUCUUCCUCCUCUCCUCCUGUUUUGCUACAGUCUCCUCAGUGGCAAAAAGUUUCACUCUACCUCUGACAGCAUGUAUAUUGCACCAGUAGCUAACAAAAAAACUGGUCUAGUCAAACCAAAUGGGCACAAAAGAACCAGGAUAAUACCAAAAGUAAAGCUCAUACAGCUGCAAACCAUAUCACUUCUUGGUAACAAUGCAGACCUCAUAAACCUAAAGAAGAGAAAGAAAGA